CAAGAAUACCCUACCCAACCACUCCACCAGUCCACCCACUUCACUCGCUCCCUAAAUUCAAAUUUUUUUGGUUUCCCGAAAACCUAAAAGAAAUAAUAAAUAAUAAAAAAACCCCAUCAUUUCCUUCCUUGUUUAUAUCACAAAAAAAAUACAUAUUCAGUAUUCACACCAGCUGCUGCGUACCAAUUCAACCCAACCAGAUUCUCGAUCAGGCUCGACUUAUUGAAAGGUGGAUGUUAUUUCAGUUUGUGCCUCUGUUACAUAUUCUAGUUUUAAAGAAAAAAGGGUGAUUAAUAGUUCAUAAAAAAUGUCGGGUUUGCUGUAUCAUUUAUUCACUUCCUCAGCAUUGGUAUCAUUAGGGCUAUACCACCUCAUCUGCACAACCAGGAACCACCUUAGGUCCCCUCGAGAUUACAUUGCGAAACCCUACCAUCCAUUCACAUUUAAUAAUCAACAAUUCACCAAACACCUUCAACUCUACCUUAUCAUCACAUGUCUACUUAUUGCCUUCAUCCACCAAACCGCAAUCUCUUUCGACUCUGACCCCCUAGUAAAAGGCCGAACCCCUGUCCACUACUUCACAUCCCUUCAAUCUGCAGGUGUCGUUAUCCUUUUUCUUAUCCUUGCAGUGUCCCACCUUAUCUCUGAAACCACCAAUCUCCUCCCGUUCCCACCUGAUCUCUUCUUUGGGACGGCAUCCGCUAUAUUCUUUCUUCAAUACAUGAUUUCUUCUUCUGCAGCUUCCUUACAAACGUCUGACCUCGAGGCAAAAUGUGAUUCCGUCUCUGCCACAGUUUCAGCUUUAUCUGCUGUAUUAUGUAUUAUACUAGCCUGCAAUCCGAGGCUGUUUGUAGCUGAUGUUGGUCUUGGGGCCUCAAUCUGUCUUCAGGGACUCUGGUCUCUUCAGACGGGUUUGUCUCUUUAUGUUGAUGCUUUUGUACCCGAUGGUUGCCAUAAGCUGCUAGAUGUUGUGCGUGGUGUUGAGGGAUCAACUAAGUGUGAUCUUGAAGAUUCUAAGUUGAGGGCUAUCGCCAUUUUAGAUCUCAUGUUUGUGGUUUAUGUCUUUUUUGUGCUCCUUAUCCUAAUCGUGGUCUAUGCUGUGACUGGUAAAGUUGUUGGGAUAAGGAGAUUUGGUUCUUAUGAAGCUUUACCAACAUCAACUGGUGUCACUACUGAUACGAAUCACAUUCAGAUGAAGGCCAUGGCCGGCACUCAGGCUUGAUAAUUUUUCACCCAUCUCCAGUUAGUUCUGGCUAGAUGGUAAUAGUAGCAUCAUUACAAUUGUUGUUUAUUACAAUUGUUGUUUAAAUGUUAGUACAAUCUUAAAUUUUAUUGACAGGAUUAUAUGGGAUUUUUAGUGUAAAGUGAUAUUUUUUGGGAUGUUUUUAGUAGCAACAUUUUGUGCACUUACGGAUGGCGAGCCUAUAGUUAAGUUGUUCAAGUUGCCACAUGUUGUUUUGCCUUCUAUUUAUGUUGAAAAUAUGUUGUAACCUUUACCCUGCUGAAAGAUGAAGAAAGAAAACCAAGAUUUAUAGUCCUCGGUUAUUUGUCUAA